AUGCAACGGCAACCUCGACCUUGGUACCGCGUCCGCGACCCGCUGCUGCGCGAGUGCAUCGCCGAGGUCCUCGGCACAUUUGUCAUGAUGGCCUUUAUCAACGGCGUCGUCGCCCAGGUCGUCCUCGGCGAGGGCAAGAACGGCGACUACACGCACAUCUCGAUCGGGUGCGGCCUCGCCGUCACCUUUGGCAUCCACGCCGCCGGCGGCGUCUCGGGCGCGCACCUCAACCCGAGCGUCUCGUUCGCGCUCUGCGUCUAUGGCAUCAUGCCGUGGCGCAAGUGGCCGUUCUACAUGGUGUCGCAGAUGCUUGGCGCGUUCCUCGGCGCACUCUUUGUCUUUAUCAUCUACCUCCCGGCCAUCAACGUGUACGACGGCGACCGCGUCUGGAACAAGACGGGCGGCAUCUUUGCGACGUACCCGCAGUCGUACGAGAACCACGGCAGCGCGUUCGUGUGCGAGAUGCUCGGCACAUUCAUGCUCCUCCUCACCAUCAUGAGCGUCGACGACAACAAGAACAUGCCGACCAACGGCAUCAUGAAGCCGCUCACGGUCGGCGCGAUCGUCGUCGCGAUCGGCAUGAGCUUUGGCAUGCCGACCGGGUAUGCGCUGAACCCGGCCCGCGACUUUGCGCCGCGCGUCUUUACGUACCUCGUCGGGUAUGGCUCCGAGGUCUUUACGGGCGCGAACCACUACUUUUGGGUGCCGAUGGUGGCGCCAAUGGUCGGCGCGACCUUGGGUGCGGGCUGCUACAAGGCGUUUCUGUCCAACCACCAUGACGACGACGACACCAGCGUGGAUGGCGAAAAGUACCAGCAGCAAGCCACACCCCCCGACGUUUUGUAG